UAGGGCUCCGAUUUGUUUGCCUUGUAGUGCUUUUUCUGGUUUCGAAUCAUCUCCAGGUUAUGUCAACUUGGGGGGUUGAUCUCCCCUGGUACUGUAUCUGAGAGUUGUAGCGCUCGUCUGAGUGAGUGUGAUUUGAUCGUCCACCACAGCGACUUCACUGCGCCUGAGCGCUGCGGUGAAACCGAUGGUUUCUGGCUUUUGUGUGCACGUUUUGAUUGCAGGUGGAGCAUUUUGGACCGGGUCUGCGUAGCCUACAAAACCUCGUAGCGCAUUUAUAGUGUGUAGAUUGAUGAGUUGUGAGUUUGUUUUUGGCUUGGAUUCGUGAAGAUUUCGUUGAAAUUCAGGAAGACGUCACGGGGGACGCGGGUAGGAGCUGUACGACUUGAUAAACCAUUCGUGUUUAUGGAUUUUCUUUGUGCGCGCGAAAGAAUAUUCGGGUAUUCAAUGUGUUUCGGAUCCAAAGUGCGCUGAUGAAGGUUGUGUACCUGGGCAUUCUACAUCAUUCUACGGGCUCCAGUUUUGAUAUUUUGGAAGCAGUUGUUGACGUUUGAGUUGGCUAUGGUGCGGGUUUGGGCCUGAUGAGUUGCAGCUGCAGCCCCUACUAGUUCAUUGAUCAGUUGACGAGGUUACGAGAUUCGUCUGUAAAUACUGCCAAGAUGAUGAGAUUAGAGGAUUCACGCGGUGCUGGAUUACUCAGUUCUUCUACCCAGUAUGCGAGCUUAGAGACCAGCUUGCAGAUGUCUGAGUUCGAUGUACCUAUGUCCAGGAGGUCGAAAGGCAGGUCGCGGUGCUACGCUGUAAGUUUUUGCAUUGUUCUCAUUGCCGUCGCGGCCAUCGUUAGUGGAACUAUUGUAGGCGGGAAAAAGAACGCUCAAGAUACUUCUUCCGAUAGCAGCCCAAUUCGACAUGAGCACGGAAAAAUAUCACCCGCUCCUAGUCCCAUAGAAGAUUCUGGUUAUGGAGAUGGAUGGGCGAGCUCACCACCAGCUCCCACUAUUGAGGCAUCGUCGGACCCGGUCUCAUCUCCUAAACAACCUCCUUCACCAUCUUCCCAACCAUCUCCCUCACCAUCUCCCUCACCAUCUCGUCAAUCACCCUCUCCCUCGAUCUCCGCUCCCCCACCCGCGUUUGGUCCCUCUACUCAUCAGACGCCCUAUGAUCAAGUCCGCUACGAAACCAUUUGCAACAAAACAAUAGACCCUACCGUCUGCCUCACCGUGUUCGCGAGCAACCCGAAUUCGAAGAAGGUGGACCUUCAGCAAUGGACCUUAAUGUCCAUGGAAGCGGCAUCACACGCCAUGAACGAGUCUCUCAUCCUGGCACAGGGAUUAGCGCCCGUCAAUCCCGACAAUGCUGCGCUUCAACAAUGUAUUGAAGUGUUUAGCGAAGCACUCGACCUGGUCAACAUAUCCAUGCACAUUAUUGCAGGAAUGGAUGCCCAGGCCCCUGGCACUGCCGGGACAGAUGCGCUAAGCUCCAUGAGUGCUGCAAUGACAAACCAAGACACAUGCCAAGAAGGUAUCGACGAUCUUGGUCCUUUCCCCGGCAGCGACAAAAUCACCGGAGAUCAGGCCAAGCACGUCAACAAACUGCUCAGCAUUGCUCUGACGUUCGUGAAUGAACUCACUGGAGCCGGUGAGGAUCCCAACAACCAUCACCGUCGGCUCUUGCAAAUCAAGUCCUCACUGAGGAGAACCAUCCUGAGCCGCCAAGGCCUUUCAUAGUUGUAACCAACAACAAUAUUUUUGUGUUCAUUGCAGCUGCGACCCAAAUCCGGAUAUCUGCACAUUCUGUGGGGGGACUUGCUUGAUAUUGAGCUUUUGUUUCAUUCUGCCGCACUGCACUGAAGAGACGUGGGGACAUUUAAAUUCUAGGCUAGCUGCUUGUCUGAUGGGGAGAAGUAGCUUCCCACAUGUAGAGUAUGUGCUGCAAUCGUAGCUCAAAAUGAGUACAAUAGAAUGCAUGACUGUGCAAUUGUUACGGAGAUUUUCUCAUCUAUUCAAUCAUUUUUACUGAGUUUCA